AUGUCAUCUAAAUCAUCAACCAAGAAGAAGCAGGCACCAUCACUAGAUCCCGCUCCACAAUCCGCAUCUAAAAAGAUAAAAAUACCAAAAUCAUUCAUUGUUCGACCACACUCAUCAACCGCCAAACCAAAAACCAUAGCCAAUGUAUAUCUAAGUCGCGAAGUUUUUGAAGCGUUGGAGUUGAAACCAAACGAUUUUGUUCAUGUUGGUCAGUUGAAUGGCCAGCCAGGUAUCAUUGCCAUCGCUGUACCGAGUGAUGAUAUACCAAUGAGGAAUGUAAUAACAAUGUCCAAAAAUUUCAGGCAUCUUGGUGGAUUACUACUAGGAGAUAGAGUCAACAUAGUGAGACAUAAUGGGCAACCACAGUAUGUUCUGGAAGUGACGGUAAAUGGAGAAGGGGACCCAAAAUCGUUGUUGGAAGAAAUAGGGCUCAUCUACCCCGGUUUGGCAGUCGAGGAGAAUGGAGUAGGUGGAUUCACAAUCAUUGACAUACAAGGUGGUAUAGAGGCAAAGAUGAAGCAAUUGACUAUUGUAGAGGAUGAGAACCCUUUACGUACAGUUUCACCUGCAUACAUAUACACACCACAAGCUACUAUAGAGAAGAGCAAUGAAACACAACCUUCAAUCACCAAAUAUCCACUUUUACCACACCCCCCAACGUUUUCGCAAGUCGGUGGACUUGCAAAACAGACAAAUCUACUCAAGUCCACUAUAGAACUUCCCUUGCAUAACCCAACUUUGUUUUCAGACUUUGGAAUAUCACCACCACGAGGUAUAUUGCUUUAUGGUCCACCAGGUACAGGAAAGACAAUGCUUCUUCGAUGUGCAGCUAAUGAUAUAAAUGCGCAUAUACUAACCAUUAAUGGACCAUCGAUUGUAUCAAAAUACUUGGGAGAGACGGAAAAUGCUAUUCGUGAGAUUUUUGAAGAAGCAGCACUAUUCCAGCCAUCAAUUAUUUUCAUGGAUGAAAUUGACUCGCUUGUUCCGUCUCGUAAUUCAGAUGAUUCUGGAGAGACAGAGAGUCGGGUUGUUGCCACGUUGCUUACAAUGAUGGAUGGGAUGGAUAAUAGCGGAAGAAUAGUUGUUGUUGGAGCCACCAAUCGACCAAAUUCGAUAGAUAUUGCAUUGCGCAGACCGGGUCGAUUUGAUCAAGAGAUUGAAAUUGGCAUACCGGACGUUGAAGCGAGACAAGAUAUUCUACAAAAGCAAUUUGAUAAAAUGAACAAGAAUAAAUAUGUAUUGACCGAGGAGGACAUUGCCACGGUGGCGACAAAGACUCAUGGUUACGUUGGUGCUGACUUGACUGCAUUGUGUAGAGAGGCAGUGAUGAAAGCUAUCAAUAGAGGUUUGGAUAAUGGUACACCACAGGACGAGAUCACAGUGACCUUAGAUGACGUAUACGAAGCGCUCGGGGAAAUAAGGCCAUCAGCUAUGCGAGAGAUAUUUUUAGAAAUGCCAAAAGUAUACUGGUCUGAUAUCGGUGGACAAGAGGAAUUGAAAAAGAAACUAGUCGAGGUAGUUCAACUACCACUAGAAGCAUCAGCGUCGUUUGCCAAGUUGGGCGUCAAUGCACCAAAGGGUGUUUUAUUGUAUGGUCCACCAGGUUGUUCCAAAACUCUAACGGCAAAAGCACUAGCAACAGAAUCGGGUCUAAAUUUUUUGGCAAUCAAAGGACCAGAAAUAUUUAACAAAUAUGUUGGUGAAAGUGAACGUACAAUUCGGGAGAUUUUCAGAAAAGCUCGAGCCGCUGCCCCAUCCAUCAUUUUUUUGGAUGAGAUUGAUGCUAUUGCCAGUAAUCGAGAUGGCGAUGGUGACGGCGGUACCACUACUACUGCAUCAAAGAAUGUUUUGACAUCAUUGUUGAAUGAGAUUGAUGGAGUCGAAGAGUUGAAGGGUGUUGUCAUUAUUGGUGCCACCAAUAAACCAACUGAAAUAGAUUCUGCAUUACUUAGACCAGGUCGGUUGGAUCGUCACAUAUAUGUCGCUCCACCUGAUUAUGAAGCAAGAUUGCAAAUAUUGACCAAAUGUUGUCGCAAGUUUAAUUUAGUUGAUGUUGAUUUGGGUCAAUAUGCUAAACUUACCGAGGGUUGUUCAGGUGCUGAAGUUACCUUGUUGUGUCAAGAAGCUGGUUUAAAUGCAAUUAUGGAGGAUCGUAAUGCACAACAUGUUGAAAAUAGACAUUUCGAACAUGCUUUGCAAGGCAUUUCACGUGGCAUCACUCGUGAUAUGUUACAAUACUACAAUGAUUUUGCAAAUAGAUCGGGAUUACGUGUAUAG